CUCAAAAACGUCAAUUAAUGCAAUGAAUAUGGAAUAAAUCUUCUUGAUCUAUGGAUCCUGUCUAUUAGACAGUUACUAUUUUCUUCUACAAAAUUGUAUCGUAUUUUAUAGAAUAAAUCAAUUUCAAACAAUUUGAUUCAAUGGAUGAAAAUGAAAUUAUUACGUGUGAUGUUUUUAUGGCCUAAAAGAUGGAGUAUUGCGUUUACACAUUCAAAUAUUAGGAAACUCGAGCCGUUUAUUGAACUAUCAAUAACACCAAAAUGGUGUCGAUAUAUGAGUCGAAGCCCUGUUUUGAGGGCAUCUGCAGGGCUGGAGCAUUGUAUUUUGGAUUCGUGCAGUAUCAGCCCUACCUGCAAAGAGCCACGGAUCAUAAUAGUCGGCGCCGGCAUGGCAGGUCUAUCAGCUGCCCACCAUCUUACACAGUGUGGCAUUAGAAAUUUUGUUGUAUUAGAGGCUAAGGAACGACCUGGUGGAAGAAUUCAUUCUUGUUGGCUUGGAGAUGCAGUGAUUGAAAUGGGAGCAGAGUGGAUUUAUGGCGCUUGUUUGCCAAAUUCCGUAUACACCUUGGCUUCCCAAGAUAGACUACUGCAAACUCCGUUACCUCGCUUAGAUUCGUCACGAGGUCUAUUCUGCACAAGCGAAGGUCGAGCUAUUGACCUUCCAGUAACAAUAACAGCUUAUCAUACAUUCAGACAAAUAGAACAGCAGGCUGCUAAUUUAUUUCGAUUAGGUUGUGAGAGACUACACGGUACGUUACUGAAUUUCAUAGGUUUACGUAUUCAGCAAGAACUGCACAACUUUCCCGAAGAUCAAAGAUACGAUGCCGCUAGAGUAAUGUUUGGAUUAACUAAUAUAUUGAGAAAUAAAUGUGGAGAUGACUUGUCGCUCGUGAGCGCAGAUCAAUACGGUAGUUAUAUUGAACUUCCAGGUGGAAGUGUUCGCGUGCCGCUAGGUUAUGUAGGCGUGAUAGCGCCAUUGCUAAGGGGCCUACCUGAUAACUGUGUUCGCUAUAACAAACCUGUGAAUGUAAUUCGUUGGGGUUCCGGACAAACUGGUAGUGGCAGAGUUUUAGUCAAAUGUUGUGAUGGAGAAGAAUUAACGGCGGAUUAUGUUAUCGUGACGAUUUCACUUGGAUGUUUGAAAUGUCAAGCCGAUAAACUUUUCGCUCCACCUCUCCCUAUGUGCAAACUAGAGGCUAUUGGCAGUCUGGGUUACGGUUUAAGCGACAAAGUAUUUUUGGAAUAUGCAGAGCCUUACUGGGUGUGUCACGAAGGCAAUUUAAAAUUUGCUUGGUCGGCUGAGGAACUACAGUGCCGAUGCGACUGGUUGCGGGGAGUAUGCUCAGUCGAUGAAAUGCCAGGAAGCAAGCACGUGUUGUGUGCAACGAUAUCAGGCCAAGAAGCUGCAACGAUGGAAUCCAUGCCAGAAAAUGAUGUCGCCGAGGGACUUACUUGUUUGUUGCGCAGAUUUACGGGUAAUCCUUGUCUUCCUUACCCGCAAAUGUUGCUACGCUCCCGAUGGGCAUCAGAUCCUCACUUCUGUGGAUCUUACUCUUAUAUGGGAUGCUGCUCGACCGUAAGCCACCAGUGUGAACUUGGGACCCCUGUGCCGGGGCCUUGUGACCCUCAGCCUCCGAUACUCUUGUUUGCUGGAGAGGCCACUGUCCCAGGACAUUUUGGCACCGUUCAUGCUGCAAGACUAAGUGGUGUUCGCGAAUCCGAACGCAUAGUACAACUGACAAAAAAGUUCGACGGCCCUCCACGUUAAUCUAUUGCUGUUUGUUACACUAAGAUCGAUGACCUUCACGUUAAUUUAUUGUAGCUCACUUUUUUUAUAAUGUUUAAUUUUGAAAAUAUUUCGUUAAUAAAAAUUU